UCUAACGAAACGUAGGCUUGUACACCUGCAUUCCCAGCCUGCCUGACAACAAAAUGGUGUCUUACUUGGUGCUCACUCGAAAAACCCAACUUCCUCUUGCCUUCAGGAUCCAAAAGUGUAAGCUCCUUGCAGACAUCCAAGCUCAUUGUCUCAUUCUGUGUCUUUCGUCUCUUUACUUGAAGCCUCUCAAACCCCAUUAAUUUGGUACACCACUCACCUCUCCUGAGCUUGGUGGCUUCCAGAACAGGAGCACAAUAUGGGCCCCAUUCAAUUGGUCCAUUCUUACAAGAUUAAAUUGCAGAUUGUUGCAGUUUAUACUCAAUAUUGGCGUUGGACCUAAAAGAACGAAUAAUUUGUAAUGUAACAUAGGCCUUGGACCUAAAAGAAUGUACAAUUCUUACUUUCGAAUGCUUAGGGCUGUGUUUGAUGCUUGGCAAUAUGAAAAUAAUAAAGUUGCAUAGGAGCCAUUGGAGAUGUCAGAGCGAGCCUAAUUCCUUUGGGUUUGGAGUUUGGACUAUUUAAAGUCGGAAAUGCGAGCAGCCCAGCCUUUCCAUAUGCAGUCCAUCUCAGGUUCCAUUCGACCAAACUUUCGUGUUAAGCCUCUAUUUUUUCGCGGGGGAAGAAAAAGCAACAGCUACGCGCUAUCAGAUGCAAUAUUCCCACUCAUUUGACCUCUAAACUUGAUGCAAUCAUGCAAUGGACCCUAUCAGAUCAUUAUUUUGUCCAGACAGUUAUAACUUCCUCAUGCAGUCUUCUUACAUUCCAUUCAUCAAAUCCUAAAAAAAGAAAAAAAACCGUUAGCAACUGUCAACCGUAGCAUCCAACAGAACAAGGUCCCAAUUCCUAGACAAACGGAAAUUAUGACCACCGGAUUCCUUUUCUUUUGGAUUCCUCGUUGUUUCACAGCCUUAACAACUCAUUGUAUUCAGUUACUUGACGAAGAUAAUCCAUGAAAUUAACAGCCUGUGUUUCAAGUUCUUUAUAAGUAAUACAGAUUAGAAGAUUUCUCUUUCUUUUUGGGUUCAAGAAAUAUGGAAAGUCUGCAGUCUGGGGUAAUUUUGAAACUUGUUGAAGACAUGGGUAUUGAGGAAAAAACAGUUAUCGAUGAUUGUGAUGAUUGUAAGAAAUCUGUGUUAUUACAGAUUAGAAGCAUAAUUCCAGUGUUGGCAGAGGGGGAUCUUUGGCCUAAACAUGGGUUUUUCUUGGAAGUUUCGGAUUCAACGCAUAACAUCUAUGUUUCUUUGCCCCAACAAGAGGAUGAGAUGGUUCUAUGUAACAAAUUACAACUUGGGCAGUUCAUAUAUGUCGAGAAAUUGGAGGUGGCGUAUCCAGUUCCAAUGCUUAAAGGGGUAAGGCCAAUUCCAGGGAGACAGCCUUUUGAUGGGGAUCCAAAAGAUCUUGUUGGCAUUGACAUUAUGGAAAAAUUUUGUGGAACGUCGAAAUUGCCAAUGCAAGACAGAACUGCUGGGAAGAAAAAGCCAAGAGAAAGGGCUCAUUCUAUAAAUCCUUAUAAGGUACCCUCAAGGUACCAGAAGACAACUAUUGGUGGCCAGAACCGGCGGGUUAUGACUCGUGAUCAUGAUGUUAACAAAGAAGUCUUUCAUAGGGGUUAUUCAAGAAACAAAUUACCGAGUUUUCUUGAUAAAGACAACGAUUCAGAAAGGUCGACAUCAAGAUCACAUUCCAAGAGUAGAAGCUGGUGUGGGGUAGCAAAACCAAGUUGGGAAAUUCCAGACUCCAAGCACGAGAUAAUCCCUGUUCGCCAUAGUCCCAAUUCUCAUGUUUCACCAGUUCAUUCUGCUAGAUAUUACAGCUCCAAUGAUAGUUCAAUCACCAGAACAGGAAUAAAUGAUGGUAUUAGUCAAUCCCUUAGACCAGUUAAAAGUCCAAAAUAUAGUGGGAACUCUUCAUCAUCAAUAGCUAGUAAGGAGCCUUUAACUGAAGGAAGGACACGCGUUUCAUCCAACAAUAAAAAAUGGGCAGAAACUGAGAUGUUAUGGGAUACCCUUCCCUCUUUCUUAGUCAAACUAGGAAAGGAAGUACUAAGACAAAGAGAUGCCGCUCUACUUGCUGCUGUGGAGGCUUCGCAAGAGGCUGCUGCUACUGAGAGAUUGCUAAGGUGCUUAAGUAAAUUUUCUGAGCUUCAGUUAGCAAAAGAAGAUGAUCAACAGCGUUCGAUUAACAAGUUUUUCAAGCUGCAAGAUUACAUGGCUCAGUGUAGAGCAAUUGUUCAGUCAUUAACAAAUAUUAGUCCUCUAACAACAGCUGAUAGUGACUUGAAUAGUCAAGGUUCCACCAGGGAAUUAGUAAAACUGGCAGUGGACAGAAAGAGAAAUGCAGCCACAUGGGUUAAAGCGGCUGUGGCAUCUGAUCUUAUACCACUUUCUUCUUGUAGAACCAAAAAUGUUUCCGGGGAGGCAAAAGAUGAAGCAAAAAUCACAUACAAACCAAAUCAGGUUUCCAAGCUGAAUGGCACUUGUACGAGUAGGAAGCAAAGGAACAUUGGUGAAUUUUACUCUGGAUUGGCAGCUGAGAAGGAAGUUUUCCCAGAUUGGGUAAAGGGAAGAGCCUUGAUUACAGCUGGAAAUCUUGCACAUUCUUUGGAGGACGAAUGUAAUACAUGGUUUCUAGCUUAUAUAGAGAAUUAUUUAGAUGGAUUUAAUAACGAAGGCCUCUCGCAGCUACCCGAUAGCCAGGUAGCUGAAUCAAUGUGUCAGAUCAAGAGAUUGAACGAUUGGUUAGAUAUGAUGGAGAAAAAGGAGGGAAGCAGUGACAACUCUAAACUGCAAAGUUUCGAAUUAGAAGCAUAUGGAAGGGUCAGGAACAAAAUAUACUGGGUCCUUUUGAAGCAUAUUGAAAGAACUGCGAGGGUUUUGGAGAAUAUGAAUGCAUCUGCUGUAGGUUGAAACUCAAUCAGCUUGGCAUCAAACUAACAGGAAUUGACUAACCGAACUCUGUCUAAACCUCAGAAAACCCGAAGUGAUACCAGAAUUAACAAGUGUUAUUUGAAGCAAAGAAACAUUUAGUUUCUUCUUUUUGCCAGGCAGACAGAUUCACUUUAUGGUGAAUUGUUGAUUCUGCAACACAUCUUAGUCUUCUAGUAGUAAUUUGAGGCCAUGAGUUUUUUCCCCUUUUUUAUUUGGUAGUUUAACUUUUCAAUCAGCAGCAGACCAAUUGUUGGGGAAAACUUUGAUGAAUUCAUUUUCCAUUGCCAGUUGUAGUCUUGUUUGGUCAACCGCUAAUGAUAUAUAAAGCUAUGGUCUGUCAGCAAAUGGAAAUGGGAGUAAGCAAUGGGAUUCCU